AUGGUUGAACUGCAGUCCAUUUUCAAAAAAGCCUACUGGGUCCUCGCCGCUGGCGGGCUGGUCUAUGUGCUCUUUGUCUGCUCUUUGACAUGGCCUGAAGUUCAGCGUUUUGCACUCUACGCCAACAAGGUCAAUCCCAGUCUCUGGCAGGAUGUGAAUCAAGUCGAGCAAUUCGGAUUCCUGAAAUCCCAAGUUCAGCCUUUCCACUUGGUGACGCCCGAUAAUGAGACUUUGUAUGGCUGGCACCUUAUGCCCCUACAUCUCUGUCGCGAACACGAGCAGGAAUUAAUUGACAGCCCUCCUGAUGGCCCUGCCAAGGACUACACAAAGACGGUUGCCUACAAGAGUUUGGCCAAUAACCCCAACGCUCGGGUCGUGGUAAGCUUCCAUGGCAAUGCGGCUCAUCUCGGCUCUGCCCAGCGCCCAGCCACUUACAAUGCUAUGUUAAGCCUGUCCACUCCGUCCAACCCCGUGCAUGUUUUUGCGAUUGACUAUCGCGGCUUCGGUGUAUCGACCGGCAGCCCCACUGAAGAGGGCCUGAUCACAGACGGUGUCUCGCUCAUCAACUUCCUGACGGCCGGUCCAUUGAAGGUUCCGACAUCUCGCAUCGUGAUCAUGGGCCAGAGCCUAGGCACAGCGGUCACAGCGGCAGUUGCCGAGCGGUACACCUUUGGGUCCCCCGAUCCAACCGCAAUCCAGCCCGCCAUCAAAAAUCCAGAGCCAUUUGCCGGUGUGAUUCUGGUAGCAUCUUUCAGUAACGUUCGAAAUGUCAUCGAGUCCUACAGUAUCAAGGGCUUGACGCCUCCGAUGCUGUCCCCGUUGAUUGGGUACCCCCGCUUCCAGAAAUGGGUAAUGAGCCAUAUUGUGGACCGCUGGGAGACCGGAUCCCGACUUGCGCGUCUGACUGGUGUCAAUAGUACGAGUCCGGAUGGCUCCGAGCUGGAGCAUUCUCAUAAGGAUCUUGAUUUGACUAUCAUACACUCGUCAAAUGAUAUUGAAAUUCCUUGGUAUGAAGGACGUCGCAAUUGGAUAGCUGCUACCGGCGAGGGCAUGCAGGGUGCUCCCGGAACAUUGACCUACGAGAGAGCUGAUGUUGGUAAGCCCGUUGGUGAGGUGAAGAUCUGGGAGAACAAGAUUACUGGAAAGGAUGGGAGCACGGCCUUGAAGAAAGUGCGCUGGGAGCGCGUCCGCUAUGGAGGCCAUGAUCGUGUUGCGACGUUCUCUGUUGCUGGCCUUGCAGCUCUCAGGGCCUUUGAGGAGUGA